AUGCGUGUUUCUCAGGCCCUCGCGGCUUUCAUCUCGGCCUUGAGCCUGGCAAACGCCGCCCCCGCCGAUGACGAGGCCCGUCAACACGCCGAGCACAAGCGCCAGCUCGGAGGCAAUGCCGGUGACUUCGGCAAGGAUGCGACCUUCGACUACGUGAUUGUUGGUGGCGGAACCGCAGGCCUGGUGAUGGCAAACAGACUGAGUGCAAACCCCGGAGUCUCAGUCGCCGUUAUCGAAGCCGGCACGUUCUAUCAAAUCACGAACCCCAUCAUCGGCAACACUCCUGCUGGUGAUACGCUCUUUUCCGGCUCCAGCCCACUUGAUACCAAUCCCCUGGUCGAUUGGAACUUUGUCACCCAGCCACAGGCCGGAGCGAAUAAUCGACGCCUCCACUAUGCUCGUGGAAAGUGCCUUGGUGGAAGCUCGGCUCGUAACUACAUGAUUUACCAGCGCGGUACCAAGCAGUCCUACCAGAAGUGGGCGGACGCCAUUGGUGACGACAGCUACACAUGGGACGCCCUCCUUCCUUACUUCAAGAAGAGUGUGAAGUUCACUCCUCCUGGCCCCUCUCGCGCGGCCAACGCCAGCGCCGAGUACAAUCUCGACGCUUUCUCUCCUGCCGGCGGCCCCCUCAGGGUCUCCUACGCCAACUAUGCUCAACCCUUCAGCAGCUACCUCGAGCCCUCGCUCAACGAGAUCGGUAUUCCCCAGGCCCAGGACUUCAACAGUGGUGAGCUCAUGGGAGCUCAGUAUUGCUCUGAUACCAUCGCCCCCGAGACUGAGAAGCGCGAAUCCAGCCAGACGUCGUUCCUCACCCAUGCGAUUGGCCGCAAGAACCUAAAGGUCUUCCAGCUUACCAUGGCGAAGAAGAUUCUCUUCGACGGCAACAAGCAGGCUACCGGUGUUGUUGUCACUUCCAACCUCGGCAUCACCACAUACACGCUGAAGGCACGUAAGGAGGUCAUUCUUUCCGCCGGUGCCUUCCAGAGCCCGCAGCUUCUCAUGGUUUCCGGAAUUGGUCCACGCGAUCAGCUCCAGAAGUUCAACAUUCCCAUCAUCGCGGAGCGCCCUGGUGUUGGUCAGGGCAUGGAGGACCACGUCUUUUUCGGUCCGACAUGGCGCGUCAAGGUCCAGACUCUGACCCGUCUGGCCAACGAUCUCAUCUACACCGCCGCCCAGUUCGCCUUCCAGUACUCCAUCUUCAAGCAGGGCCCUCUCACCAACCCCGUAUGCGACUUCCUCGGUUGGGAAAAGGCUCCCCGUGACCUCAUCAGCCAGGAGGCCGCCGACGUCCUUGACUCUGAGUUCCCUGCCGAUUGGCCCGAGAUCGAGUACCUCACCGCCCCUGGCUACGUUGGCAACUUCGCCAACCUCCUUCUCACGCAGCCCAAGGACGGCUACCAGUACGCCACCAUUCUCGGCGGUCUUGUUGCUCCCCUUUCUCGCGGAACUGUCACCCUCGCUUCGGCUGACACUAAGGACUUGCCUCUGAUCAACCCCAACUGGUUGACUGACCCUACCGAUGUUUCCGUUGCUCUUGCCGCUUACAAGCGCCUCCGCCAGGCGUUCAACAGCAACGCCAUGCGUCCUGUCCUGGCUGACAACAAGGAGUACUACCCCGGCCCUGCCGUCGAGACUGACGACCAGAUCGUCAACCAGAUUCGCAACGACGUGAUGACCAUCUGGCACGCGUCUUGCACUUGCAGAAUGGGCAAGUCUGACGACCCGAACGCGGUUGUUGAUAAGGACGCCAAGGUCAUUGGAGUCACUGGCUUGAGAGUUGUGGAUGCUAGCAGUUUUGCCCUCCUCCCUCCUGGUCACCCGCAGAGCACAGUCUACGUUCUGGCUGAGAAGAUCUCUGCCCAGAUCCUCGCCGGAAACUAA